UCUCCCUCGUUUUUGUGUAUCCCCUUCAGUUAUGGGCUUGUCUGGGUGUCUGCUACUUUGAUAUUUGUCAUUUCUUCCCUGGGAAAUUGUGCUACUUACCUGAUGCAUAAAAGAAGUGAUAGCAGCAGUUCUUGGUCAUUUGAUGUCAACUAUGUGAACGUCGCGGCAGGCUCAGUUUACGGUUAUGCACUGCUUGUGCCAAUGGGGUUCUAUUUCUUGCUUCAGUACUUGGGUUCUAGUGCUAGCCUCAUACGCUUCUGGUGCUUGUGGGGAUAUUCCCUCUUUGUUUUGACUUUGAGCUCCUUUCUGUUGGUAAUCCCAAUCGAGUUUCUUCGGUGGACAAUCACACUACUGGCUGGUGCUGCUUCAGCUAGCUUCGUUGCUGCAAAUCUCAAAAUGUAUAUACAGUCAAAUGAUCUUACGAUUGUAUUGGUUGCUGCUUUUGUCCUGCAAAUGGGCCUGACAAUCUUCAUCAAGAUGUGGUUUUUCUCUUAAGACUUGUUUUGUAGGUAAAUUGUAGCUCAAGUUGCUAUUCUCAAGGCGGCAAGUAAUUUUGAGUUUUAUUUUUCUUGGACACAAUUUCCCCCCUUUUCUGGUUCGGGAUACAAUUACAGUGGUUUGUAUAGCUGUGAAGCAAAAGAGUACUGGAAAGUCUAACAGAGAACUUGCAGAGAAGUGUCUAGAUACUCUCAACUAAGUCCAUUGUUGUUCGUGUUGCUUGUUGAUUGGUGCUUGAAGAACAUAUGCUUCUGGUCUGUAAAUUUAUUAGACUUGUGAGCACAAGAUGUAAAAACUAUUUCUGUUUCAUCAUGAUCUUUCUGGAGUUCUAUAUUUGCAGAUCCUUGUACAUAUAAAUCACUUAUGUUAGAUAUCCUUUCCAUCCUACAUUUACAUAAUGGUAGUGGUUAAGCAGAAAGCAAAGGAUAUUUGAGAGGCGGAUGAAUCUAGAUUUCUACUUAGACUUCGGCCUUUGAUUUUGCUAAGAUGUAUAUAUGUCAUAUGACUAACAGGAAGCUCCUUCUUGUAGGGCGUGGACGUUAACCAUUGUAAUUUUUUUCAGCAAGGUCUUUGUCA